AUGCAUAAUUUUGAUCUAUCUGCAGAUAAUGCAUUGGAGUUUCCAAAUCUACCAUACAGAACGCGUGAUCAUACAAGUUCAUUAUUGGAUUCGAGUGAAUUUGAAGUUGGUAAGGAUUUUUCCAAUAAGGAUAGUUUUCUUGGUGCAUUGAAACAACAUAGCAUCAAUAACGAUGUUAACUACCACGUGGUUAAAUCUAAAUCCGAUAAGUUUGAGGCGAAGUGUGCAGUGCAAGACGGAAGUUGUUCAUGGAAAAUCUACGCCUCGUUGAGGAAAAGGACAGGGUUGUGGGAGAUAAAAAAGUAUAAAGGUCCACAUACAUGUGCUGCAGGUAUUUCACAAGAUCAUCCCAAGAUGGAUUCAGCUAUGUUAGCUAGCUUAAUACUACCCACGGUGAAGGCAGAUCUUAGGACUUCAGUGCUAGUCUUAAUUGCCAAUAUUCGUAACCAAAUGGGGUACACGCCUUCUUACCGCAAGGCUUGGAUAGCUAAGCAGAAGGCUUUGGAGAAGAUGCAUAGUGGGUGGGACGCUUCAUAUAAUGAAAUAUGGCAGUGGUGUCAAGUGCUAGAGAGAUACGUCCUAGGUUGCAUAACAGACCUUCAAAUAGAACCUGCAUACUACAGCGACCGAUUGCUCCGUAGAUGCCAAGUAUUUAAGCGUCUCUUCUGGAGCUUUAAGCAAUGCCGCGACGCAUUUGCAUAUUGUAAGCCAUUGGAUGGCAGUGGGAGAAUCCUUCCAAUUGCAUUUGCAAUAACACCAGGGGAGUCAGCUGAUGACUGGGAUUUCUUUCUUUCUAGGCUAAGGAGGCAUGUUUUCCCCCAACCUAAUAUCUGUGUCAUAUCAGAUCGGGGCACCGGAAUACUAGCUGCAAUUGCACGACAGGGAACUUGUCAAAAUCUUCGUCUGGACCCCAUGAGCUAUGUCGACGACGUGUACAAAUUGGAAUAUAUGUACAACAUGUGGAGACACAUAUUCCCAUUGGUCCCAAAUGAGCGUAAGUGGCCUUCUGUAUUGCUUGCUCCGUUUAAGCUGUUACCGGAUAGAGAGUUGCGGCGUAAACCAAAGGGUCGACCUUGCUCGACUAGAAUAUGCAACAAUAUGGAUAUCCAAGAAACAACCAAUCAACAGAAGUUAUGUGGAUGGUGUAGGAACCCAGGCCAUACAAGUAGAUCAUGUCCAAAUCGCAAUAGUUGA